CCUCCCCCUAUAAACUAAUCGUUUCACCUGGAGAUCAGAUCCGGAGCACAUGCAAUUACAGUAAAUGACUUCCUCGUCGAAUCACGCGUGUUGUGGGCUCCUUAUCAUGUGAGGACAGCGGUUUAUUUGAGCUGGGGUAUGGACCAUCUGGAUGGCUCCAGCUUGGAGUCCGGGUCGGCUCUGCUGGCGGCGGCGGAGAUCAACGCGAACUGGACCAAAGGCGCAGAGCGGGGGAUGUCCGGGCGCACCCGGCUGGUCCUGGAGAUCCUCAUGGCGCUGAUGUGCUUUGGCGCCGUGACAGGUAAUAUUCUAGUCAUUAUUAUUGUGGCUGCCACCAAGACGUUCCACUCUGUGACCUCGGUGCUGAUCAUGAACCUGGCCGUCAGCGAUCUCCUGGUGGGCGUCGGAGUCAUGCCUUUUGUUGCUCUGUCCGUCAUCAACCAUGACUGGGUGGAUUAUACCGACCUCUGUUUGUAUGUGGGUUACACCUCCUCCGUCUACUGCACGGCCUCGGUGCUGACACUAGCUGCCAUUGCCCUCGACCGCUACCACUCCAUCAUGGACUGCCUGCGCUACGACUCCCGCUGCACCGUCUGGAGGACUUGCGGCGUGGUCCUGUGGAUCUGGCUGCAGGCCCUGGCCACUAGUUGCCCCCCUUUGCUGGGCUGGAGCUCCGUCAGCUAUGUCGCUCCCAUGUACAGCUGCGCAGUGAACUGGGCCAGCAGUCCCAGCUACACGGCUUUCAUGGCUGCGCUCUCCUAUCUGAUACCCGCUGUGGUCAUCUUCUUCUGCUAUGUCAAGAUUGUCAAGGUGGCUCGCAGUCACGCCAGGAGGAUUCACACGCUGGAGGACUCUGUGCAGCGCAGCAUGAGCCCGAGCUCCUGCGCUUCUCCGGGUGACUCAUCUCGCCGGCGCUGCGAGGGCCUCCACAACCCCUCGAGACUCGUGUAUCAUGUGAGCGCGCAGUUUGUGUCUGAGGUCAGCACAGAUGACAGGAGUUAUAUCAGCCGCGCUUUUCCUGGUGCUACUUCAGCGCAGGGCAACACAUCAUCCAGACGUUUAUUUUCCUUCCUGGCUCAGGGCACCACACAGCAAACUUUACAGAACUCCCAACAGCACCAUAAUCACGGGGUGGUGCGUCUCUUCCUCAUCAUCACGGCUUUUUUCUUCUGCUGGACUCCUUACAUAGGCGUGGCCCUGGUUCAGGCUUUCGUAAGCCAACCUUCCCUCGUCCCGUCAUCUGCCGUCACCUUCUCCUACUGGCUGGUGUUGCUGAACUCUGACAUCAAUCCUCUCCUGUACGCUCUGCUCAGCAAGCGUUUCCAGAGCGCUCUCUGUGGACUCAGACAAAAAAUAAGAUCUCGUCUGGGGAGCAUGGUGGGCAGGGGAGCACGGGUAAGGCCGGAGGGAGAUGAAUGCAGGGGUAGCGACCCAUUCACUGCAACCACGGUGCAUCCCAGCCCACCCUCCAGCUCCGAGAGUUUGACUUGCGAUAGGUGCUCCUCCUCCAUUUUUACCGUUUGCUCCGACUUCAGACGUCACCCUGGGGAUCAUCUAUGCAAAGUGUGCCACCCGGAAAAUGUCUCGCCAUCCUCUGUGGAGCAAAAUGCUGGUGGUGAGAGGAGAGUGGACUGGCUGCAGGUCCCCUCUCGGCCUCAAGAGGGCAACAGACUUCCUUUCUCUGCCAUCACCGAGGAGCGGCAGGCCACUUUCUUCUAUGGCCAGAUAACCGUGAGAGUGGAGCAUGACGUUUGUUAGUUCGACUUCUGCAGAUGCUGAAGAAGGAACAUUAUGACCAUCACCGGUUUGUUUAGGAAUUGUUUAGUCUUUUUAUAAAGAGUCUAAAAGCACUGAAAUAUCAAUCACAACUUCCUACAGACCAUGUUUGCAUGCUAAUAUGGCUUGUUUUGUCUCACCGGGAUUAUUUACUCAUCAAAAAAUAUUCCUACUUGAGAAGCUGCGUUCUACAGAGCCAUUGCCAAAAACUACAUUCAAAGAUAAACUGAUGAUGAUAGAAAGUUUACAGAAUAAUCAAUCAAUUGUUUCAGAUGGACAACAGUCCAGACAGGUUUCUGCCUGGUCCUAAUUAUGAAUUUACAUCACGAUUGCUAGCCACAAGUAUUUAGGUUUUAUAGCUAAGACUGGGUUGCAAAUCUGCAGCUUUGUUAUCCAAAUUCAUUAGCUCCAGUUCUAUUUAUGAAUUCAUAUUGAAAAUUCAAAAUUGACUUUUAAUACCCUAAAAUCCCAGAGCAUUUGCUUUACUUAAGUAUAAGACAAAAAAAGCUAAAAAAAAUAAUAAAAUGAUAAAUUAUUGCAGAUUAACUUUGAGUGUCUACUAAUCGACUGUUUAACGGCUUUAGACGCUGAGGAAGAACAAACUCUGACAAGGAGAUGUACUGAAAAGAAAUAUUUUUUUAUAUAGUACAUGUGAUUACACUUGAAGACACCCAGCAGUAGAUCUAAAUAACCCUUCAUUUAUUCCCGCCCUAAAUAUUCCCUCCUCAAAUGUGAUAAUCAUAUGUUGCAUCUCAGUGUAAAAAUCAUCAUUCCUUACAAAGGUUUACAUUUAUGUCUAGCAAUAAUUCCAGAGGAAUACAAUAUUGUUAUUUAUUGUCAUAGAGAAUGACAAUGGGAAACAGUGCUAAUUUACUCUAUUGCAAAACAAAGAAAAGGCAGUGAAGUGGACUUUUCACCUGUACCUGCUCGUACAGUAUUCGCAUGCUCGUUCUGAAGAUGUCACUCGCUGCGACCCCCCCUCGAGGUUGGUCGGCAACCAGAUGCAAAAAUAUAAAAGGUCUUGUGUGAUGCAUCAAGAGUCUGUCUCAGAAAAAAAAAAAAAGAAGAAGAAAACCUUCGGAAGAGAAGGGAAGUAUUAAAAGAGUCUCUCUGCAGCAGUCUGUAAAAAAUAGGUAGCAUGUAGCGAGCAUGAGUGGUCGAGUGAUGUUCAUACAUUCACAGCAAGGCAGAGUUUAUACCGGCCGCUUUGUUCAGGCCUCAGGCUCCUCUUGGUUGUUAACCUGCCUCGGAAAUGUGAUAAAUGAAAACAGGUGCAGGAA